ACACCGGUUUCCCUUCUCUGCAUCAAACUUGGUUUGUUCCUUUUAACUGAAUGAUCCGUCAAUCAUAUCGCCUUAUAGCGCUGGUUCGCACUGGUUAUACUUAGAAAAAUAAAACCGGUUUUUCUCUACAAAUUGACGAAUCAUGAUUUACUGAUCUCGUAUUUCUUGCCUACCAGUUACUAAUUUCUUCCUUUUAGAAGGUUGUGUCGCGCUGUUACAUAAUGUCUUUUGUAGAAAAGGUAGUUUUAAUAACAGGUGCCAGUUCAGGUAUCGGAGCUGCGACUGCUAUUUAUUUUGCGAAACUUGGUGCAUCAUUAUCAAUAACUGGGCGCAAUAAGGAUAACUUGAGCAAAGUAGCCGAGCAGUGUGAACAGUCCAAGAUAUUUGUCGUGACGGGAGAACUUACUAAUGAAAACGAUGUAAAAAAUAUCAUUGACCAAACCAUCAAACACUAUGGUAAACUGGAUGUUUUAGUUAAUAAUGCUGGAACUUUGGAAACAGGUGAUAUAAAAUCUACGAGUUUGGAACAAUAUGACAGAGUUUUUAACUUAAACCUUCGUUCUGUGUAUCAAUUAACGAUGCUUGCGACGCCUCAUUUGAUUGCGACCAAGGGCAACAUUGUCAACGUCUCUAGCGUAGCCGGACUGAGGUCUUUCAAGAAUAUCCUGGCGUACAGCAUGAGCAAAUCGGCUGUGGAUCAAUUAACACGUUGUGUCGCUCUGGAACUGGCAGAUAAACAAGUUCGCGUGAAUGCUGUAAAUCCUGGUGUCAUAGUGACGAAUAUCCAUCGUAGAGCUGGGAUGAGCGAGAGUCACCUGAAGGAAUUUUUCGAACAUAGCAAAGAGACACAUGCUCUUGGAAGAACGGGUGACCCUAUGGAGGUCGCGAAGACAAUUGCCUUUUUAGCGAGCGACGACGCCAGCUACAUUACAGGUGCAACAUUACCCGUGGAUGGAGGUAGACACAUUAUGUGUCCUCGUUAAAAUAAAAAAAACAUACUACGGAAUUUGUGUAAAGUAUAUAUUUUAUGUCGGAUGGGGAUACACACGAUACGUUGACUGCGUUCCGGGAGCGCGUUUUCAGCGCUAUUGCGUUCUUUUAUCUUGAUGACUCAUCGAAGGAAAAUUAAAGACAGAAUUACAUAAUAGCGCUAAUAGCGCGCGCUUCUCGAACGCAGCCAAUGUGGUAUCCUAUUUAUAAUAUUGUUGAUAAGGAACACUUACGCAUUUGUACUCUAUUUUGUCAAAAAUAUUAUUAUACUAUAUUAAAACAUGCUGGAAACGCGUAUAUAAUAUAUAUGUACAUAUAUAUUUCUAUAAACUUACAUAGAUUACUUAGAUAUAUUUUGGAAUUAACUAAUUUGUAUCAGUUGUUUGUUUCCUAGGGAACUACAGAAGUAUGUGUUUCCACGUUUAUAUCUAUAUAAUAAAAUAA